CUCUCUCUCUCUGACUCAUAAUUCAUGGAGAACAAGGCCGAGAUGGCAUUAGCACAGAUGCGGGAUUUGCUGCAGAACAUGGGCUCAUCAUCCCAGAGCUCUUACUACGGAGAUGAUGAGACUCUCCUGAGAUUCUUGAGGGCCAAGUCCAUGAGCCCGGAGAAGGCGGCGAAAAUGUUCGCAGAUUGGGAGAAAUGGCGGGUCGAGAUCGCGCCGUCGGGGAGCGUCGACGAGGCGGAGAUCGCCGCCGAGUUCGAGGCCCGGAAGGCCUACCUGCAGCGCCCCACAAAAGAUGGCCACCCUCUUGUUAUCCUCCAGGCCUGCAAGCAUUUCGCCCCCAAGGACCAGCUCCAGUUCAAGAAGUUUGUGGCCUAUAUGUUGGACAAGACAAUAGCAAGUGGUGCUAAAGAAGAAGGGGGUGGAAGUGAGAAAAUGGUUGUCAUUAUUGACCUGCAACAUCUUGGGUUGAAGAACUUGGAUGCUAAUGGUUUUCUCAUAGGUUUUCAAUAUCUACAGUCGUACUAUCCGGAACAGCUGGAGAAGUUGUACAUCUUAAGCAUGCCUUGGAUAUUCAUCGGAAUUUGGAAGAUGAUCUCCGCAUUCCUCGAGAAGGCCAUUUUGGAAAAAGUUGUCAUUGUGAACAAUGACGCACAAAAAAAAGAGAUGAUUAAAGAAAUUGGGGAGGAAGCACUUCCAGAGGAUUAUGGUGGUUUAGCUCAGCUUACACCAAUUCAAGAUGUGAAGCUAAGUCAUUGGCCCACGAAGAACUAAUUACCAACCAAGCGGGACAAAUCGGUGCAACAAUUACUCUAAAAUUAUUAUAUAUAAUUAUUAUGAACCUGAGUUUAUUGUAUUGAAUAAAUCUUAUAAGGUUGUUGUGAUUCAUAUAUCUAUGGUAAUAGUUGUUGGUUUACUUCUUGAAGUGUGAUAAGUUUAACAUAAAUAUA